GAGUCGUCUAUUCGCACUUCCCUCUUCGGCUGCUCGGUCACAACACAAGGUGGGGCACGAAAAGUCUGCUGCUAGUCUAACUUGCUACGCUGUAUGGCGGAUAACUUCGCAUACAAGUGAAACAAGUAGUAGCGGCCAGGGUCUGUGCAGGUGUAGCUUUGAGGCGUCAUGGCCUCGAGCAAAAUCAAGAGCCAGACGUCUCUGGCGCUCCACAAGGUGAUUAUGGUGGGCAGUGGCGGCGUGGGAAAAUCUGCCCUCACGCUGCAGUUCAUGUACGACGAGUUUGUGGAAGAUUAUGAGCCCACCAAGGCCGACAGCUACAGGAAGAAGGUGGUCUUAGAUGGAGAGGACGUUCAGAUCGACAUCCUGGACACGGCGGGGCAGGAGGACUAUGCCGCAAUCAGAGACAACUACUUCCGCAGCGGAGAGGGCUUCCUGCUCGUCUUUUCCAUCACAGAACAGGAAUCCUUCGCAGCCACGUCAGAGUUCAGGGAGCAGAUUUUGCGUGUGAAAGAAGAGGACGCCAUUCCCAUGCUGCUUGUGGGAAACAAAUCGGACUUGGAGGAGCGGCGAAAAGUUUCUGUUGACGAGGCGGCAGCAAAAGUCAACGAGUGGGGCGUUCAGUAUGUGGAGACUUCAGCCAAGACCAGAGCCAAUGUGGAUAAGGUGUUCUUUGACCUUAUGCGUGAGGUACGCAAGAAGAAAAUGGCUGAGAGCAAAGACAAAAAUGGGCCAAGCGGAAAGAAGAAAAAAAAGCGCUGCUGCAUACUUUAACAUGCCAAAGAACAUGCUGAGAACACAAAUGCUGCAGAUAUCUGACAGUCACCUAGCCAACACCUUUUCAUCAGGACCAACAAUUCAACCUGAAAUCAUGUCACAGGAAGUCGCUUGAACUGGCCUGUUCCUCAACUACAACACAGGUCACAGUUGUGGUUAUUAGCAUUACCUGUGUGUGUGUGGACCUUUGCUUGCUUCUGUGUUCUCUUCAGUUUCACAUCACACUUUUGAUUAUGAACAACUUUCACACUCUUCCCACGCUUAAGUCUUUACCCUGUUAACAGUACAAAGAUCACGUCUAAAUCAAUCCGUGUGUUCACUACAGACAUUACAUGAGAAAAACAUUAUUGAUAAUAAAAUAACCUCACUUGUGUUUUGUA